AUGUGCCACAGGAAGAAGGCAUAUAGUACCACAGAGACCAGGAAUGCACUAUCUGUACCCCUCUACAAAGGGUACACUACCUGUCACAGGCUCCUGCUCACAGCCUCCUUUUAUACCUGUGGGCACCCUCCCCCCUCUGCCCAGCCCACUAUUGAAUCAGUGCCACCCAGUGUUGCUGGGGGAAGUGUUCUUCUACUUGUUCACAAUCUCCCAGAGAAUCUUCAAGCUCUUUACUGGUACAAAGGGGUGAUUGCACACAAGAAGUUUGAGAUUGACCGACACAUAAGACAAAUAGAUUCAAGUUUGCAGGGGCCAGCACACCGUGGUAGAGAGGCAUUGUUCAGCAAUGGAUCCCUGCUACUCUACAAUGUCACCUAGAAAGACGCUGGAUUCUACACCCUACGAAUUCUGACUACAGAUCUAAAAGCUGAAGAAGCCCAUGUGCAACUCGAGGUGGACACCUCCGUUUCUACAUGUUCUACCUCUCCAACCUCCACCAUAGUCACAAUCAAAUCAGUGCCUCAGUAUGUUGCUGAUGGGGAAAGCGUUCUUCUCUUAGUUCAUAAUCUGCCAGAAGAUCUUCAGGAAUUUUACUGGUACAAAUCAGUGCAUAGGACAGACAUCUUUAAAAUUGCAAAAUACAACAGAGCCAUGAAUUCCACCAUCUGGGGGCUUGCAUACAGCCAAAGAGAAAUGGUGUACACCAGUGGAUCCCUGCUGAUCAAGGACGUCACUGAGAAAGACGCAGGAUUAUACAUGCUAGAAACUUUGAACAAAGAUUACAAAAUUGAUAAAGCAUUUGUGCAACUCCAGGUGAACAAGCCUGUGACACAGCCCUUCAUUCGAGUCAUUGACACCACAGUCACAGUACAGAGCUCUGUGGUCUUCACUUGCUUCUCAGCUGACCCUGGAAUCUCCAUCCAUUGGAUCUUCAAUAACCAGAGUCUGCAGCUCACAGACAGGAUGACUCUGUCCUCCAAAAAGUGCCGACUCAGCAUAGAUCCUGUCAGGAUGGAGGAUGCUGGAGAGUAUAAGUGUGAGGUCUCCAACCCAGUCAGUUCAAAGACUAGCCUCCCAGUCAGCCUGGUCAUGAAGAAAGAGUGA